CCAAGAUCGCUAAAGAUACUAAAUCAGGAAGGCGGCCAACUUUUUAUGCGAUGGCAGAUUUAUUAUUAUAACUUACCUAGGUAGGUUCCAUAUUUCAAAAUUCAUCCUCUCACAUUUGGAGCACGUCACUUUGCAGGUUUUCAAAAAUGUACGCGCGAUAUGUGCCACCACCAAAAGGGUCUAUUCAGAAGAGCCCGGAACCACUGCACAUUAUUGAAACAGCAUCGAACCCUGUGGUGAAGUCGCAGCCGACAGCUUAUGCAAGAUACAUUCCACCCUCCAAACCCGUCAAUAGCCAAUCUGAUUAUCAUCAACCUUCUCAGCAUGUUCACUUCCAAGAUGAUAUUAAUCAAAAUGAGCCACCCAAUAAGAAAGCUAGGCUGAUGGGCGAGACUCACGUUGCUAAGGAGUCAAAAAAGAAGAUCAGAAAAUUAAAACAACCCGAGGAGCUACAUGCUACUGCGGAAGACCCAGAUGAGCCCGCUAAUAAUGAGCUCGUGAUGGAGCCGGCUGAGCCAGACAAAAUUGAGACAGCUCUAGAGCUAGGCGCAUUAGAACGGGGAGCAGCCCAGCAACCAACUCCAGGAAAGAUUCCCGAAUUGACGGACCAGGGGCGGAAAGAAAAGAAAAUUAAAAAGAAAGCGAAAAAGAAGGGAAAUGCAGAGGUUCAAGCUGAGGCUGACGAUGAAACCCUAAUACGACACAAAGUGGUCUUAGAAAGGGCGGCGAAGUCAAUACGAGCUCACGAGCUGCAAUCUGUAGCGGACAGGCGUGAAGAUAUAUCAAUGCAAGAUGCACCAGAUGUCCGCGAUAGAAAGAAAACGGAGGCGGCCGAUGAUGCUAUGGACGUGGAUGCAGAAAUACCCGAAAUCCAUGGUCUUCAACCGCUACCUCAGCCUAAGCCGGUCGUCCCUGAGGCUACGAAACCGGCCUACGAGACAUUACCGUCCUGGUUGGCGAAACCAAUUCGUGUAUCUCCGCAUGCUACGGCAUACUUUACAGAAUUCGGACUCUCUCCGAACCUAGGGAUUACUUCCGAAGUAGCCGAGAGGUUAGCCGCAAAUGGAUAUAAGCAAGCGUUUGCCGUACAAACCGCCGCGAUACCAUUGCUUCUUCCCCAUAAAGACAAGAAUAUGCAUGGUGAUGUUUUGAUUUCCGCUGCGACCGGUUCCGGAAAGACUCUAGCUUACGUGCUACCUCUAGUACGAGACUUGAGCCAAGGCAAUCGACAUCUGACGAGGCUCCGUGCUGUGAUUGUUCUUCCGACUCGGGAACUUGUGAAGCAAGUUCAACAAGUAUGCGAGGAGUGUGUAGGUGCCUUUGCUCUAAAUGGUACGAAGAGGAGAGCGCGUGUUGGUAUCUCGAUGGGUAGCCAGUCCGUUGACCAAGAACAAGCCGCCCUUGUCGAAAGGGAAGAGAAAUAUGACCCGGAAGCAUUCGCUAAACGGAAAGGAAGACUUGCUUCAGAGAGCGGAUAUGGUUCUGAUGAUGAGAUAGACAAGGGUUACAAUACCGAAGACGAAGAGAGAGCAGCGAUUCAAAAGAAAGAAGACAAGAUCCAAACGUUACCGGAUCACGUAAUCGCGUACAAAUCCAAGGUUGAUAUUCUUAUAUGCACGCCAGGGAGGCUUGUCGAACAUAUCAAACACACACCCGGCUUUUCGUUGGACUUCGUCCGUUGGCUUGUCGUUGAUGAAGCCGAUAAACUGCUCGGUCAAAACUUCCAACAAUGGUUGGAUGUAGUUAUUCCGCGGUUGCAUUCGAGCAAUGGCUCGCGAAACCACAAGCAAUCCAGCCUAUCAGGCGUUCGGAAGGUCAUCCUCAGCGCCACGAUGACAAGGGAUCUUGAUCGUCUAGAAGGGCUAAAACUUCGCUGGCCCAAGUUGGUCAUACUAGAGGGCUCGGGUAACAACGAAGAGGUAGAAGCUACCAUAAAUCAAGCCGACCUUGCGCUCCCCGAAACGCUCGCAGAAGUUGCACUCAAAGUAAGCGACCCUAAUCUCAAGCCUCUCUUCCUGUUGGAUCUACUUCAGAGCAAUUACAUACUGGGGACGAUUAGCCGUGGCAGGUCUAGAGGCGACGUUUCGUAUAGUGAAACUUCUUCAUCUGGGUCCGACUCGGACUCCGAUUCAGACUCCGAUUCCGAUCUAGAUAGAUCACUUAGGACUUCCACCCCCCCUGCCGCAAACACACCGAGUGUCUUGAUAUUUACCAAAUCAAACGAAACAGCACUACGUCUCUCACGUCUCCUUUCGCUUCUUUCGCCGGCCUUGGGCGUUCUUGUCGGUACUCUUACUUCAACGACGCAAUACGUAGCCCGGAGACGCACCAUCCGGUCGUUCUUAGCUGGAAAGUUGCGCAUUCUCGUCGCCUCUGACCUAGUUGCUCGUGGUAUAGAUCUUCCUAGUCUAGAUCACGUUAUAAACUACGAUAUGCCGUCCAGCAUAGCUUCAUACAUUCAUCGUGUAGGCCGUACGGCCAGAGCUGGAAAGACCGGCAAGUCGUGGACACUAUUUACUAAUCCGGAGGCAAGGUGGUUUUGGAACGAAGUAGCUAGCGAGACCGUUGUUCAAAGGAGCAAGAAGGUAGAGCGCAUUAGGGUGACUGAGGAGAAAGAAGAUGCGUUCGAGAGAAAGGUAGCUGCUUACGACUCGGCACUUCAGAAAUUAGGAGAAGAAGCAAGCGGGUAGAAGAGCCGACCGUUCCAGCCUUAGGAACACUGCCCAGCUAUAAUGGUAUUGAUCUAUACACUCACACAAAUAUUAUUAAUGAAUAAAACAGCUCAAUCCGUGUAAUCCAAAUAUUUAUCCCCGAUAGGCGAAGACCUCAAAUACUACGGUGCAAUUUCUUUGACACUUAUAACCUCCAAAGUAUCAUGGAAAUGAGCGCAACAAUAAUAAAACGAAACUCUUCGGUUAUACACUGGACU